AUGUCUUUUCUCUUCGGAAGGGCCAGGACCAGGACAAACACAACCGACCUGUCCAAGCAAGCAAAGGAACAUGUCCUCAAACUCGACGUUGCCGGCAAGGCCGACGAGCUGGCCAGAGUCCUGAACCAGAUGAAGCUCAUACUUCAAGGAACACCAGAUUCCGAGAGCACCCCCGAACAAGUAUACCAGCUAGUUACAGGCCUGAUAGAGGAGGACCUACUGCUUCUACUUGCUCAGAACCUGCACCGACUGCCCUUCGAAGCCCGCAAAGAUACCCAAGUCAUAUUCUCUUAUGUCUUCCGGUUCCGCCCCUCGACGGCCUCGCCCAAGACAGACCCUGUCGCACUGAGUUACGUGGUGAAUAAUAAGCCCCAGGUGCUGCUGGAGUUAUGUCGAGGCUACGAACAUAAGGAGAGCGCCACACCGGCAGGGUCAGUCCUGCGGGAGAUCUUGAAGAGCGAGCAAGCGGCGGCCAUCAUCCUCUACGACGAUGGCGAACAGCCCGGAUCCAGUUUGAAGGGCGUUACCGCAAUUGACAGGGAGCGACCCCAGAGCGGCAAUGGCGUUUUCUGGCGGUUCUUCGACUGGAUCGACAAGAGCUCGUUCGAGGUCGCUGCCGAUGCUUUCACCACUUUUCGGGAACUGUUGACCAAACAUAAAGAACUCGUUCCGCGAUAUCUGGCUGUGAAUUUCGACCUCUUUUUCGAAAGGUAUAACCACGUUCUGGUCCAGUCUAAUAGCUAUGUCACAAAGCGACAGUCCAUCAAGCUGCUUGGCGAGAUAUUACUAGACCGAUCAAACUACAACGUAAUGACCGCCUAUGUCGACCGAGGGGAGCAUCUGAAGAUCUGCAUGAACCUCUUGCGCAGCGACCGCAAGAUGGUGCAGUACGAGGGCUUCCAUGUGUUCAAGGUUUUCGUCGCAAACCCUCACAAGUCGGUCGCCGUCCAGAAGAUCUUGCUUAUGAAUCGAGAUAAACUGCUGGACUUUCUCUCGCACUUUUUGGAGGAUCGCACGGAUGACGAACAGUUUAUCGACGAGCGCGAGUUCCUCAUCAAGCAAAUCCGAAAUAUGCCUCCGAAUCCAGUCCCGCCGGCUCGACUAAUGUCUCAAGGGGUCUAG